UCUGCUGUCAACAGGGAGGAAGCCCGCAGUGCCAAACUUUCAUCAUCUCUGCAGAAGAUGCCGCAGACGAACAAAUCCAAAAACACCCCGAUGUCUGAGUCUUCAAGCUCUGUCCAAGGUGGAGCUGAAGGUGCACACCCGGUGUCCCGGGAGGUGUGCCAGGCUGCAGGGGACGCAGGAGGAGGAGGAGGAGGAGGAGGAGGAGAGGACAAUGUUGGAGACGGCGAGAUCAUCAAGUCCCCAAGUGACCCCAAACAGUACAGAUACAUUGUUCUUGACAACGGACUGCGAGCUCUCCUCAUCUCAGACUACAGCGGCCCAGCGGCGUCCGAAGACGAGGACUCGGAUGAAGAGGAUGAAGAGGAAGAGGAGGAAUCUGGAGAUGAAACAGAGGACGAGUCUGAGGAGGAAGGUGGCGGCGAUGAGCAGGGCAGUGAUGACGAGGACGAUGACAACGAGGGGAUAAAGAAGAAAGGAAAUGCAGAGAAACAGUCAGCAGCAGCGCUGUGUGUCGGUGUGGGCAGCUUCAGCGACCCCAGUGACCUCCCUGGCCUCGCUCACUUUCUGGAACACAUGGUGUUCAUGGGCAGCGAGAAGUACCCCUCAGAAAAUGGCUUUGAUGCUUUUCUCAAGAAGCAUGGUGGGAGCGACAACGCCUCCACCGACUGCGAGAGGACCAUCUUCCAGUUUGACGUCCAGAGGAAAAGCUUCAAAGAGGCUCUUGACAGGUGGGCCCAGUUCUUCAUCUGCCCCCUGAUGAUUCGAGACGCCAUUGAUAGGGAGGUGGAGGCCGUUGACAGCGAGUACCAGCUGGCAAAGCCAUCAGACUCCCACAGGAAGGAGAUGCUGUUUGGCAGUUUGGCCAAACCUGGGCACCCUAUGGGCAAGUUCUGCUGGGGGAAUGCCCAGACGCUGAAGCACGAGCCAAAGAAGAAGAAGAUCAAUGUCUAUAAGCGGCUGCGUGCCUUCUGGAAGAAACACUACUCUGCCCACUACAUGACUCUGGCUGUGCAGUCAAAAGAGAAGCUGGACACUCUGGAGGAGUGGGUGAGAGAGAUCUUCAGCAAGGUGCCUAACAACGGCCUGUCCAAGCCAGAUUUCUCCGAUAUGUUGGAUCCCUUUGACACAUCAGCGUUUAACAAGCUCUACAGAGUCAUCCCUGUACGAAAAGUUCAUGCUUUGAAUAUCACCUGGGCCCUCCCGCCUCAGGAGAGGUACUACAGAGUGAAGCCUCUCCACUACAUCUCUUGGCUGAUUGGCCACGAAGGCACAGGAAGCAUCCUCUCAGUGCUCAGGAAGAAGUGCUGGGCUCUGGCUCUGUUUGGAGGCAACAGUGAAACUGGCUUUGACCAAAACACCACCUAUUCCAUCUUCUCCAUCUCCAUCACCCUCACUGAUGAAGGUUACCAAAACUUCUACGAGGUGACUAACCUGGUGUUCCAGUACCUGAAGAUGCUGCAGACACUCGGACCGCAGCAAAGAAUAUAUGAAGAGAUUCAGAAGAUUGAAGCCAACGAGUUUCACUAUCAGGAGCAAAUUGACCCUAUAGAGUACGUGGAGGACAUUUGUGAGAACAUGCAGCUGUUCCCAAAAGAAGACUUCCUGACAGGAGAUCAGUUGAUGUUUGAGUUCGACCCAGAAGUGAUCAGUGGAGCUUUGUCCCUCCUCACCCCUGAGAAAGCCAACCUGAUGCUGUUGUCACCAGAACAUGAGGGCCAGUGUCCCCUCAGGGAGAAGUGGUUUGGCACUCAAUACAGCAUGGAAGACAUCCAGCAGGAGUGGAUGCAGCGGUGGACAGGAAAUCUGGAGCUCAACAGUGACCUCACGCUUCCCGCUGAAAACAAGUUCAUCGCCACUGACUUCACCCUGAAGCCGUCUGACUGCCCAGACACUGAGUUUCCUGUCCGGAUAGCCGACAGCGACAGGGGCUGCCUGUGGUACAAGAAGGACAACAAAUUCAAAAUCCCUAAAGCGUACAUCAGAUUCCACCUAAUCUCUCCUGUAAUCCAGCAAUCUGCUAAGAACGUGGUCUUGUUCGACCUGCUGGUCAACAUCCUCGGCCACAACCUUGCCGAGCCAGCCUACGAGGCUGAAGUGGCCCAGCUGGAGUAUAAACUGGUGGCCGGUGAACACGGCCUGGUCAUCAAGGUUAAAGGAUUUAACCACAAGCUGCCUCUGCUGUUCCACCUGAUCAUCGACCACCUGGCUGAUUUCUCUGCCUCGCCUGAUGUCUUCAGCAUGUUCACAGAGCAGCUCAAGAAAACUUACUUCAACAUCCUCAUUAAACCUGAGAAACUCAGCAAGGAUGUGCGUUUGCUGAUCUUGGAGCACUCCCGCUGGUCCAUGGUGGAGAAGUGUCAGGCUCUGACGGCCGGUCUGACCAGCGAUGAGCUCAUGGACUUCAGCCGCGAAUUCAGGGCCGAGCUGUACGCAGAGGGACUGGUGCAGGGCAACUUCACCAGCGCUGAGUCGGAGCAGUUUCUGCAGUAUGUCACAGAAAAGUUGCAGUUCUCCAAGCUGCCAGCAGAGGUGCCGGUGAUGUUCAGAGUGGUGGAGCUCCCUCUGAAGCACCACAUCUGUAAGGUCAAAUCACUCAAUAAGGGAGACGCCAACUCUGAGGUCACAGUUUACUACCAGUCUGGACCAAAGCUCUUGAGGGAACACACACUGAUGGAACUGUUGGUGAUGCACAUGGAGGAACCCUGCUUUGACUUCCUACGGACCAAAGAGACUCUUGGGUACCAUGUCUACCCCACCUGCAGGAACACCUCAGGCGUUCUGGGUUUCUCUGUCACCGUGGAAACACAGGCCACAAAGUUCAAUACUGAGCUGGUGGAAUUAAAGAUUGAAGAGUUUUUGGCUUCAUUUUGGGAGACGCUCAAUUCGCUGACUGAGGAGGCCUUUAAUACUCAGGUGACUGCUUUAGUGAAGCUUAAGGAGUGUGAGGACACACACCUCGGGGAGGAGGUGGACAGAAACUGGGCCGAGGUGGUUACACAGCAGUUUGUAUUUGACAGGCUCAACAGAGAGAUCGAGGCUCUGAAGCAGAUGACCAGGGCCGAGCUGGUCUCCUGGUUCAAGGAACACCGAGGACAGAACAGCCGCAAACUCAGCGUGCAUGUGGUUGGAUUCGGUGCUGAAGAGAACGAUGAGGAGGGCGGUGGUAAGAAACAAGAAGGAGAAGAGGGCAAAGAGGAGGAUUUAAGUGGCUCCACCUAUGGCGAGGUGUCUAAGCUCACCUUCCUUCCUGCCUCGCCCAAGAUUGCGGGCGCCGUAGCCAUCAUGGACAUCCCAGCUUUCACUAAAGACCUGCCGCUCUUCCCCUACCACAAGAUACUGGAAUAAUGUCCUCCUCAGACAGACAGAUGGCUGUGUUUUGCCUCUCACUGAGCCAUGUUCAGGGACUCUGCCUCAUUAGAGAUGCAGGCACUUAAUAUGUGGAGGUGAGGGAAGGUUGAAACAACUUUGGCUCCACUCUGGACCCGGUUUCUGCCUCUGGGGCCCAGCUGUAGGUUUUACCCACACUGUGUGCAUAGAAAGAGAGCCUGGAAGUGAUGAUAGAGUUUCCUUUUAGCUAAGUGAUAAUCUAUUCUGCUUUCUCACACUCAAUUAUUUUAUAUCCUCAGACACCGGGAGUGUGGGAGAGCUCUAUCUGUAUCUCUAUCCCACACUGACUGAAAAUCUUUUGAAUCUAAUUUUAAUUUAUUUGGUUCUCUGUGCUCUGCUGCUAUUACAACUCUGAAUCCCUGUCUCUUCCACUGUUUGUGUUGGAGUCAGGGCUGAGUUUAAUACCGUUUAAAAACACAAAUCAAUUGUGGAAGCUGCAGAAAUGCUGACUCCUUUGAACUCCAGAUGUGUGUGUGUGUUUGACUGAUCGUGUGCUGGAUUUCAAGCUCUGCUGUGCACUACUGUUAUAAGCUGACCUGGAUCAUGCCCUGGUAUGAAACUGCAAGGAGAAUAAAUCAAUGAGUGAUGAGUGAAUGAAUGAAGAAAUGUGCUCACUGCAGAAAACACACUUGAAAUUAUCAAGUGGAAAAAGAACACUCAACCUCAUAAUAAAUAAAAAUGA